AUGGGCGGUCUUGCACUGGGAGAGGCGGCAUCGCAUGGAAGGAAGAAAAAGAAGGAUAGGCAUGCAUACCAUACCAUGGAGGGGUCGUCAGGACCUUCAGCAACAUUCAACGACAUGCCUCAGCAUGCGGACAUAUCCCCGCCAUACUUGAAUGCGGAUCCUUCGUCGAUACCGACCCAAGCAGGCCAGUUCCUGAACUCGAGACCCGUCACACCCCUGCCGUCACAAUACUCUGCCCCUGCGAACCCACCAUUCAACCCCGCAAAUCUAACGUCCUCUACACAACAGAAUGGCACCGCAGCUGGCUUCUCUGCGAACGUGCAAACAUCCGCGCAAGGCCGUGUCGACCCAGAUCAGAUCCCCAGUGUGCCCAGAUCGAGGGACACUAUUGCACAAUAUUACCUCAACCAUGUAUACCCAACUUUCGAACACCAUAUUCCCCCACCAGCUGCCGUACCAUUUGUUGCCUUUGACCAAGGGAAUGCUUCUCCGAAAUUUACUCGUCUCACACUGAAUAACAUCCCAUCCACCUCUGACGCACUCCGCUCGACUGGGCUACCUCUGGGGCUUGUUCUACAGCCACUUGCUCCUUUGCAACCUGGCGAGCUCGAAAUCCCAGUCUUGGAUUUUGGUGAGGUUGGUCCACCAAGAUGCCACAGAUGUAGAGCUUAUAUCAACCCUUUCAUGGUAUUCAGAUCGGGGGGAAAUAAGUUUGUGUGCAAUAUGUGCAAUUAUGCGAAUGACGUCCCUCCUGAGUACUUCUGUGCUCUUACUCCACAAGGCGCCCGUGUUGAUAGGGAGCAGAGACCGGAACUGAUGCGAGGAACUGUCGAGUUCUUAGUCCCAAAGGAAUACUGGAAUAAGGAACCUGUUGGGCUAAGGUGGCUGUUCUUGAUUGAUGUCGGUCAGGAGGCAUUAAAUAAAGGCUUCUUGACAGCAUUUUGUGAGGGGGUCAUGGCAGCCCUCUAUGGUAAAGGAGAUACCCCUGAAGAAACUGGCGAAGUCAAGCGCAAGAUACCGGAGGGAUCCAAAGUGGGUUUCGUUACGUUCGAUAAAGAUAUACAUUUUUACAACAUGAACCCUGCCCUCGACCAAGCACAGAUGUUGAUCAUGCCCGAUAUCGAAGAUCCGUUCGUGCCUUUGAGUGACGGGCUCUUUGUGGAUCCUUACGAGGCGAAGUCAAAUAUAAUAUCACUGCUAAGCCAGCUCCCAGCAUUAUUUUCGAAAGUCAAGAAUCCUGAACCCGCGCUACUUCCCACUCUCAAUGCAGCACUGGCGGCCCUGGAAAAGACAGGGGGAAAGAUCAUCUGUUCUCUAUCUGCUUUACCAACCUGGGGGCCCGGCCGGCUCUUCCUGCGCGAUGAUGGCAAGCAGCACGGUGGAGAUGCCGAGAGAAAACUCUUUAAUACGGAGCAUCCUGGCUGGCGGAAAACUGCGGACAAAAUGGUAGCAGCUGGAGUUGGUAUCGAUUUCUUCCUGGCUGCCCCAGGCGGCGGAUAUCUAGACAUUGCUACAAUUGGACAUGUUUCUGCAUCCACCGGAGGGGAGACAUUUUAUUACCCAAAUUUUGUUUCGCCACGUGACAAUGAGAAGCUGUCUCAAGAAAUAACCCAUACUGUCACCCGGGAGACUGGAUACCAGGCGCUGAUGAAAGUCCGUUGCUCGAAUGGUUUGCAAGUGGCUUCUUAUCACGGAAACUUCAUCCAACAUACAUUUGGAGCAGAUGUUGAAUUCGGUGUCGUGGAUGCUGAUAAGGCUAUGGGUGUUCUCUUCAGCUAUGAUGGUAAGCUAGACGCCAAACUCGACGCUCACUUCCAGAGUGCCUUGCUUUAUACGACAGCAAGUGGUGAGCGAAGGGUCAGAUGCUCGAACGUCAUCGCAAGUGUUACCGAUUUUGCCAAGGAUUGCAUGAAGUUUGUGGAUCAAGACGCAGUCUGUACUCUGAUUGCAAAGGAGGCAGCAACAAAGAUGAGCACAAAUUCAUUGCGCGAUAUUCGAGGUGCAUUAACAGAAAAGAAUGUUGACAUCCUCGCCGGAUAUCGAAAGAAUUUCUCCGGCUCUCACCCACCUGGGCAACUCGUUCUGCCCGAGAACUUGAAGGAGUUCAGUAUGUACAUCCUAAGCCUCAUUAAGUCUCGUGCUUUUAAGGGUGGACAAGAGCCCACGGAUCGGCGUGUGCAUGAUAUGCGGAUGCUUAAGAGUAUGGGAGCCCUGGAACUCUCUCUGUAUCUCUAUCCCCGAAUGAUCCCGAUACACAACCUUGCUCCAGAAGAUGGUUUCCCGAAUGCGGAGGGGCAUCUCCAAAUGCCACCUUCAAUACGAUGUUCGUUUUCUCGUGUCGAAGAGGGAGGGGUGUAUCUGAUCGAUAAUGGUCAGAACUGCUACUUAUGGAUGCACGCUCAAACCUCCCCAAAUCUCCUCGUCGAUUUAUUUGGUGAGGGAAUGGACAGUUUGAAGGCGCUGGAUCCUUACUGCUCUUCGCUUCCGGUCCUGGAAACUCAUUUGAGCGCCCAGGUGCGGAAUAUUAUUGAAUACCUGAAGACGGUGAGAGGGAGCAAAGCUCUGACUAUCCAGCUUGCACGGCAAGGACUCGAUGGUGCGGAGUAUGAAUUUGCGAGGUUACUGGUCGAGGACCGAAAUAAUGAGGCGCAGAGUUAUGUUGAUUGGUUGGUGCAUAUCCAUCGGCAUGUGCAGCUGGAGUUGACGGGACAAAGAAAAAAGGAAGAUAGUGGUGAUAAUUCCAUCGCUUCAAGUUUUGCAGGGCUGAGACCUCCGUACUGGUAG